AAAUGCUUGGAUACCAGUGAGAGAAAAUAAACAAACAGCCAAUACGCAAGUUUCUUCCCUUCCUGCUAAAUUCUAAAUUUUCACAGACGUGUUAAAGUGAGCAUUGCGAUGUCUCAGAAGAGGCUUGAAGGCAAGGUGGCAAUUAUAACAGGUGGCGCCAGUGGGAUUGGAGCAAGUGCUGUGCAUGUUUUCCAUGAAAAUGGUGCCAAGGUGGUCAUUGCUGAUAUCCAAGAUUGCAAAGGCCAAGCCCUCGCCAACCAGCUUGGCGAAAAUGUUGCCUUCAUCCAUUGUGAUGUCUCAAAUGAAGAUGACAUCUGCAAUCUUAUCGACACCACCAUCUCCAAACAUGGAAAACUGGACAUUAUGUACAACAAUGCAGGCAUCAUGGACCGCCCAACAAGCGGAGGGAUUUUGGAUGCUAAAAAAUCAGACCUGGAAAAGAUGUUUCAAGUCAACACCAUCGGCGCUUUCCUUGGAGCCAAACAUGCAGCAAGGGUUAUGAUACCCCAACGUAAAGGUUGCAUUCUCUUCACUGCCAGUGCUUGCACUUCGAUUGCAGGGCUUGCAUCUCACACUUACGCAGCAACAAAGUAUGGGAUUCUGGGGCUGGCUAAGAACUUGACGCCUGAUUUGGGGCAAUACGGCAUAAGAGUAAAUUGUAUCUCGCCUUAUGGAGUGGUAACUGGCUUUCCAGGGAUUACCGAAGAACAGAGAUCCAUUGUGGAACUGAAACUGAGCAACAUGGGCAAUCUAAAGGGUGAAAUUCUUAAGCCAGAAUGUGUAGCCAAGGCUGCACUAUACCUGGCUAGUGAAGAAGCAAAUUAUGUGAGUGGAGUCAAUCUCCUGGUCGAUGGAGGGUACAGUGCUGUGAAUCCAACCAUGUUCAAGUUUGCGAACCUUGUUAAUUAAUUACCAACCAAGCAAUCAAGGCAUUGGCCCUUGCCAGAGUUUUUUUCUUUUCAAGUGAUGCAAAAUGUCAGACUUUUUCUAGUCAUAUACAUCAAUAUAAUAAACAAAUAAAUUUGUUGGGA